CCUGUCAUAUGUCCUAAACCCAAUGCGCAGUUACCCAAGCAUAAACGUGGAUAUUGUAAUUAGGGCGGGAAGCAAUCCUCUACACUUCAUCCUGCGGACAUCAAGGGGGGAGUAAAAUGGAUCGCCCGCGGGACCUUUUACUUUUCCUUUUACUUUUGCAGAUUGGAACAAAAGAAGUCCUCGGCCACAGCAAUGAAGGCGAAAUGGGUGACAUUAAGAUCAAGUGUCCAAGUGGAGCAUUUUUCUACCAGGGUUAUUGCUUCAUGGUGGGAUCAGUUCCGAUGACUUGGGAGGACGCCAUGACAUCCUGUCUCAGAUCUGGGAUGUAUCUUAGCUGGAUAGAGGACGCUAUAGAAAACAAUUAUGUGGCGACCCAUGCGAUGUCUCGCGUCAGCCAAUAUUGGAUAGGUCUGUCAAACAUGUCCUCAACAGCUGGCCAAAAUGAAAUUGUUUGGACACAGUACAGAAUGAUGAAGAACAAGGCUAUGCCAUUGGUUAAGGGGCUGUGGAAAAACUUGCAACCAUCUGAGUUUGUAGGAGAUUCUCAAUGUGUUUCCACCCUGAGAGACAAGGACGAUAACCAUUGGACAGUGACAAAUUGCAGAAAGAAGCUCCCAUUCGUAUGCAAGGUUUUGGGAGCCCCUAAAUCUCCAGAUUCCUUGUAUUGUGGAAAUGGAGGUUACAUAAACCAGAAGUGGCAAUGUGAUGGACAGAAUGACUGUGGAGAUAUGUCUGAUGAAGUGAAUUGCAGUUCUAGCUGCACAGAAUUAAAGAUUGUGCAAAAAGGUGGCUCUGGUACAAUAACCAUGACCAGUAACCCGCCAUCGCCAACAUAUAAAAAUGAUGCUUUCUGUAGCUGGACACUAAAGGCUCCAAUAGGUGUCAGAAUAAAGGUUACAAUAAGUUCCAAUCUGGAGGAAAAUGCAGAUAUUUUAAGUGUGUGGACGGGAGGUAUCACUUUAAAAGAGAGUAACUUCCUGGGCAGUGUAACGGGGAGCCCAGGGAAACAGGAAUUCUACUCACAGAAUAAUUAUCUUAUCCUACAACUUAGCAUGGAUCACACAGUUAUCAAUGAUGGAUUUACUGCAAACUACGAAACAGUUGAUGAGACCAAAAUUUGGAAUGAUGUGAAAAUGCUAAAUGCAAACAGUAGCUGGCAGACUUUGGAAUCACCAGUGUAUGGCCAGGCUGUUCCCUUUGGAUUACAAUUGGAGUGGUUAAUAACAGCAGAAUCAUACACAGUGGUUUCUUUGGAGUUUACAGAAGUAGAUCUACCUUCAAAUGGUUCCCUGAAAGUUUACGAUGGGGAGGAUCUGAUGGCUCCCCUUGUUUUCUCAAUAACUAAAACCCCAGAGCAUCCCUUCUACAUUUCCCAGAGCAAAACUGUACGAAUUGUGUUAUCAACCAAUAUACACGAAUAUGGAAAGUAUCGUGGAGUUCAACUUAAAUACAAAGAAGGCUGUAUGUUGGAUUUGACACAGCAGGGGAAAAUCUACUCACCUGGCUACCAGAUUAACAGCUAUCCCUCCAAUGUCACCUGUACUUGGCAUAUUCACAAAAAGAAUGGAGAAACUAGACCUAUUUCUCUUCGUUUCACAGAUUUCAAAUUGAAGAGUAAUUCUGAUUAUGUAGAGAUCUACAAUGAUACAGCAGGAACUGCAUUGCAUAGUGGAAGUGGAUUAACUGGGAUUAAUACUGUCUCAAAUACAGAAAUAUUUAGUUCAACUCAUGGUCACCUCAAUGUGACCUUUAAAUCCAACCUUGUGCUUGUGGAAAAGGGAUUCAGUGCUGAUUUUUCUGUUGAUUGCCCGAUGUUAACCCUAUCUCAGUGGACAGUGAAUUCAGUAUCUGGAAAGUACACAGCUCUGAAUACAGUGAUAACUCUGUCCUGUCAGAUAGGCUACUCAUUUAAACAAGAGGAAUACAACAAGGAAAGCUCUGUGUCUCUGAAAUGUUUACCCGGAGGAAUGUGGAAUGUUUCCAGGAUUCCUGAUUGUCAGAUUACUUACUGUGGCACCCCACCUGCAAUCCAGAAUGGAAUAUUGAAAAAUGCAACUGGUCCCAGAUUUGGAGACAAUGCAACGUAUGAAUGUAAUGGGGGCUUCACAAUGAAUGUUUCUCCCACCAAAAAAUGUCAGGCAAAUGGAAUGUGGGAGACGCCACCUGUAUGCAAUGCUCAACAAUGCUCACAAGUAAGUCCCCCAGCCAAUGGACAAUUAAAUGUGACUGCUGGGAGUGGUACAGAUUAUGCCUCUGUUCUGAUGUUCAGCUGCGAUCCUGGAUAUGACCUUUUAGGGUCUGUGUAUGUCCACUGCAGGUCAAAUGGCACAUGGUCACAUCUUGCUCCAACUUGCCAAAAGAUAAAGUGCCUGAUACCACAGGUGAUGUAUGGUAAGGUUGAAGCAGCUGGUGACGUGGAAUUUGAAAUGACAGCCAAACUGAAGUGUGAUACUGGAUUUAUUGUGAAUGGUACCAGCAGUAGUGAAAAAGAUGUUACAUGUGGGAAAGAUGGACAAUUUUCAGAUUUAGAUCCAUGCAUCAAUGACGAUGAGUGCUCUAGAAAUUCAUGUCGAUCCGUUAGUAAUACAGAGUGUAUAGAUACCAUUGGCUCUUACGUAUGUAAAUGUAACAGUGGUUUUGGGAGAUCUGGAGAUUCAGGAAAUUGUGAUGAUAUAAUUGAGUGUGAUAAUGGAAAUGGAGGAUGCAGUCAGAAGUGUAAUAAUUAUGUUGGAUUUUUCAAUUGCUCUUGCAACACUGGCUAUCAGUUAUACACAGGACCAAAUUUCAACAAUAUCAGCUUGGCAGAGGGAGAAACUGGGACAAGAGCAGGAGAUAAAAUUAGAAUUAACUACACAUGUGUUCGAGCUCAGUGUCCAACACCCAUGCCUCCUUUGAAUGGAAAGAUACUGAGCAACAAACAGUUGUUCUAUUAUGAAGAUGAAAUAACUGUUGAGUGUGACCAUGGCUACUACCCAGAUCCGCAGAGGACAACACUGAAAUGUGGGGUAGAACAAGGUGUUGGGAAGUGGUCAACAGAAAUGACAAAUUGUACAAAGGGGACCUGUAAAAUGCCAGAUCUUACUUCAGAUCCUAAUUACAACAGAAUCUUUCCAAAUGAUAGUACAACGGUAAAUUUUGGGACCCCUGUCAUUAUUGAGUGCAGAUAUGGGACACAAUUUAGAAACUUGUCCUUAUAUUGUGGAGAAAAUGCACCAUCAAAUUACAGUCUCCUGGGAGAUAAUUUGAACUGUCCAGUGAUUGACUGUGGGGUGCCAGAGCAAGUUCCAGGUGCUGAUGCGUACAGCUACUCUGAUUCACUUUUUGGCAGUUCAUUUAAUUUUAGCUGUCAGAAUGGUUCAACGCUCAGUGGAAAGUCAGUAGAUGGGGACUAUACUGUCAGAUGUCAGGAGAAUAGACAGUGGGGUUUUGGAAAUCUCACAUGUACAGGUGGGCGCUGCACAGACCCUGGUACACCAGGGGGAGCUGUACAGGUAGUGAGGAGUUACGAGGCUGGGGAGCUCCUCAGGUUUAGAUGUACACGUCAAGGAUAUGAACCAAUUCCUUCUGCUCCCCUUCUCUGUGUAGAGCAGGGGAGUAAAAAUGCCACUUGGAAUUCCACUGACUUACCUCUUUGCACAGAUGUUACACCACCAGAGUUUAAUAACUGCCCUCAGACAUUUUACAUUGACAGUAUGGAGGCUGUAAGUUUUGUUACACCCACUGCCACUGAUAACUCUGGUCUGGUGAAGAAUGUGACUGUGGAUCCUCCCAAUUUCAAAAAUGGUACAGUGGUGUCCAGGGAUUUAAAUGUCACCUACACAGCAGUAGAUAAUGGAGGGAAUACUGCAAGAUGUUCAAUCUCAUUCAUGAUCAAAGAUCGCAGAAAGCCUAAUUUGAUAUGUACUGAUAUAGAACAAGUUUCAAUCAACACCAUAGAGGGUACCAGAGUUGAUUUACAAAAUUAUUUUAGUGAUCCAAAAGUGGGUGAAAAUAUAGCAUUUAGCCCAGGACAAAACAUCACUGUAAACACCACAACACUUGGUAAACCUCUACAAGUCAAAGGAACACUACAGAACAUGUGGGGAACUGAGGACACAUGUACAUUACUAAUAUACACUAAAGCUGAAGUUUGUUUCACUGAGAGUUUAUCACCUGUUUCUCAUGCUAAAAAAGAAUGUCUUGAUUCGAAUGGAAACAAAACAUGCACUUACACCUGUAAUAGUGGAUAUCUUUAUUUUGAUGGAUCCCAAUCAAAAACCUACACAUGUUCAGGAAUGAAUAAAUGGUCUCCUUCCAUGUAUCCAGAAAGUUGUCUUUUGACAGAGUCUCCAUCCUACAAAGCUAAGUUAGAGGUGGUUUAUGGAUUAGGGGAUCUUCCUGCUUCCCAAUGUUUACAAGGCUUCAACAACUCACUAGCUGUAUAUAACACUACUAUAGCACAAAAAGUGGAUAUAAGAUGUGAUGGCUUUGGAGCAGGAAAGUUUAAGAUUAAUAGUUUUACAUCAACAACAAAAGCAUUUCAGAUCACCACUGUCUUUAGUGGAGAAUUUACUGGAAGUGGUACUGAUGGUGCAAGAUCUACAUGUUUAGGAUCACUGGUUAUUGUAGUAAAUAAUAAUCCCUCUUUUUUCCUGCAUAAUAAUACUGUUGUUUGUGAUGGAGGACAGUCAAGUGUAUCUGUUGUAAGCAUCAAAGAGGUUGAUUCUGGAAAUAAGUGCUCUGACAACAUGGUACUUAUCAAACCUACAUCAUCAGGGAGCAGUGAACAAUGUGUGAUGUGUCCACCAGGAAGAUAUUUUAAUGGCACUAGCUGUGUGAUAUGUCUAGAUGGUCAGUUUCAGGAUUCAGUAGGCAAGGCUUCUUGUAACAGCUGUCCAACAAAUACUGUGUCUAAUGAUGACAGAACUGCAUGCACUGACCUGUGUCCACCUGGUUUCGUUUCAAGUGAUGGAAUGACAGAAUGUAAGCCAUGUGGUAGAGAUGAAUACUGGGUAAAUGCGACCAACUGUGAAAACUGUCCAACUGGUUAUAAGACAGAAGUACAAAAUGGUGUUCCUGAUAUCAGUGGAUGUAAAGCUCCUUGUCCGCCUGGGAUGUACUCUUUGACAGGAUAUGAACCAUGUAAGGUCUGUCCUCUACAUCACUACCAAACUGCUGAGGGACACACAAAUUGUACAGAAUGUGCACAGAACAAGAUGACCGUGAACACUCGCAGUAAUCAUUCUGCUGAAUGUGUCGCUGUUGAUUCUUCAGCAUGUAACACAACACUAGAAAAGUGUAACAACCAGGGAAGAUGCAUUGUUCAGAACCAUGAAGCAGUAUGUAUUUGUGAUGAAGGUUAUAAUGGUACAUCAUGUAAGACAACUCUUGAUAUUUGCCAAUCCAAUCCCUGUUUUAAUGGAGGAACCUGUGUUCCACAUGAUGAUGGAUUUAACUGUACUUGUCCCUCAUUGAGUAAUUGCACGAUGCAAGCAAAGCCAGGAAGUUUUGUUGUUGCUGAUGAUAAAAGUACAUCGAAAGGAAAGAAAAGUCUAGAUUUAUGUAAAGAAGAUUGUCUUCAAGAUGUACAAUGCAAAGCUUUAUUUCAUACCAAUGGUUUCUGCUAUAUCAUUAGACAAGAUGCUACUCCAGAGCCCUACACAAUUGAUACUGCUUUGUACUUCUCCAAAUCUUGUCUCUUCAAAUACUUAUAUAGUGGUAACCAGUGUGAGACAGACUUAGAAGAUCAGUGUACACCAGACACUUGUAGUUCAGAUGGAAUGUGUCAAGACAGAGCUGGAGAGAGCCCUGUCUGUCUGUGCCCUAUUGUUGGGGAGUACUCCCAACCAAAAUGUGACUUGGUACAAAAUCUGUGUGAUCCUAACCCUUGUCUACAAGGAGCUAUAUGUCAAUCAUGGGGUGCUGUAAGGAGACAAUGUAUCUGUAAACCAGGCUACUCAGGAGUGAAUUGUUCUGUUAAUAUAGACGACUGUGCAAUUAAUAGAGAUGGGUGUUUGUAUAACAGUACAUGUAAGGAUGGAGUUGAUAGCUACACAUGUGAUUGCACGUCUUCAGGAUUUAGAGGCACACAUUGCCAGGUCACCAAAGAUUUCUGUAGUGGAACACCUUGUCCUAAUGGUGGCUGUGUGAAUGACUACACAACACUGUCACCCAAAUGUUUCUGUGAUGACCCAUACCAGUUAGGAAUUAAUGGUAAAUGUGAACAGAUGGAUCUAUGUAACAACACCGAUUGUAACAAUGGCACCUGUAAUUCACUGACUGGGAAGUGUACCUGUGAUACAGGCUUUGAAGGUUCUAAUUGUCAGCACAGUGUGGAUGACUGUAAGGACAUGCCUUGUAAGAAUGGAUCAACGUGUAUAGAUGGACACCAAGACUACAGUUGUGUGUGUGUGUCAGGAUUUACAGGGAAAAACUGUGACAUGGACCAGGAGGACUGUCCAGGAUCCUGUAACAUGACAACUACACGGGAAACUGUAAAUAAAAUCAACGAAUGUGAAUGUCUGUGUAAGCCAGGAUAUACAGGCCAAAACUGUACAGAAGAGAUAGAUGAGUGUGCCAGUUUUCCUUGUGAACAUGGAGCCACCUGUACUGAUAUGCUGGAUGACUAUCACUGUAACUGUACUGAGGGCUGGGAGGGAAAGAAGUGUGACCAACAGAUUAAUUACUGCCAGACCACCUCUACAAAGUGUCAGAGUGGUGACUGUUACAACCUAAUAGAUGAUAAGUAUUGCAGAUGCAAUGCUGGUACGAGAGGUGAGACGUGUGAAGAUAUUCCAGAUGUGUGUAAUGUUAUUUCCCCAUGUUCAGCAACAGGCACAUGUCAGAAUGCCAAUGGAACAGCAACAUGUUCAUGUCAGAGUAACUAUUCUGGAGAUUCCUGUCAGUUGUUGAAAGACUUUUGCACGGGAACAACAAAUUGUUUGUAUGAGGGCAUGCCUAGUACAGGAACAUGUACAAAUCUGCCAGCUGGAGGCUUUAAUUGCGCUUGUCAAACUGGCUAUUCUGGAGGGACUUGUCAAACUAAGGUUACCCGCUGUUCCAAUUUGAGUUGUGGAUCUGAAGCAAUGUGCAAUGAGGAGAUUGGUUGUUACUGUCCAGAGGGAAAAAUAUUCACAGAGAAUAUAGUUUGUAAAAUUCCAUCAGAUGACUUUGAUAUUUAUUUUGAUACUCAAAUGGGAGAGGAGGGGGCCUCUACCACAGCUGUGUUACCUGGUGACCCAGAACAUUCUGAUUUGUCCUUUAUGAUGAUGGUGAAGUUUAACAAAGAUCAAAAUGUCAUGGAAAAAGAAGAUGCUGUAUUGUUAAGAAUCAGAGAUUUCAUAGAAAUCAAGAAUAACAGUAUCACCUUCAUGAACGGAACAAGCUCUCAUUCAGUAAAAUUUGAAUACUAUGGAAGCCUAGAAAGAAUUGAUGAUGGUACUAAAUGGAAUUUUAUUGCUGUAUCAUGGAGGAGAGAUGGCAAGACAACAGUUUAUGUGAAAGCUGGGCUACUUGUUUUUGACAGCAGCUCUGUUGCCUUCAAACUGCCAAAAGUAUUUAACAUAGAAAUUGGGAAGAGAUAUGGAGGUAGGAUAUCACAGGUAAAAUUCUGGAACAGCAGUAUUGCAAAUGCCGACAUGUUAAGGCUUUCAAGUGACAGGAAUCAUAAACCUGCAGGAGCUACUCUCAUUCAUGGCUGGUACAAUUACAAAAUGAACAAGGGAGCUAUGAAGAAGAUCACGACACAGAUUGAAAAUGAUAGUAUCUGUGAUGUUCCUGCUUGUUCACCAUCAGAUAAGAUUAAACCAAAGAUAAAAGCCUGUCCUGUUGAUGAUGCAAGAAGCUCUAGCAAAAGAGUCUUUGAAUAUCAACUGCCAACUAUUAGUUCUAUGUUUGACAAUUUCAAUGAAAGUCAGUCCCUGAUCUCACAUAAAGGCAGCUUCACUUGGGGUGAUUACAGCUUAAUGUUUUUGGCCGCUGAUGAGAAUGGAAAUACUGCCAUGUGCCGUAGCAAGCUGUAUGUAAAAUAUAAUGCUGAUUGCCCUCCACCAAGAAAGCCACCCUCUCUUAUCAUUGGUUACUGUUCAGGCAGCAAAGAUAUUUGUAAACUGAGUUGUCCUGGUAACCAAGUUCUAUCUAUCCCAGUUCCAAAAUAUAAGAUGUGUUCAAAGCUUGGUGUGUAUACUCCUCUCAAACCACGACAAAAGUUUGCAUUGCCAUCAUGUGGAGGCAAAACAGAUACACAAAUUCAGAUAGAAGUCUCCUUAAAAUUUUCAUUAGCCGUUGUCUGUGAUGUGUCUUUGGAAUCACCAAUAGAAAGAAAACUAAAGACGGAUUUUAAAGAUAACGUUUACCAGAACUGGAAUAAUGUCUGUUCAGAUUCUGACUGCUCAAAUGUGGACAUCAGCUCUAAGUGUGUUACUGGCAAAGAACAGAUGACAGUUGCUAUGAAAAUAAAGAAUUUAAGAAACAGUAUUACUAAAAAGAGUGGUUCUAACACAUACACAGCAAAAGAAGUCUUCAGAGUUCUAAUAUUUGAAGAUGCUGUUUUCAUAGUGGAUGGUGUUGGUGGUGCAAAGCUUCUGAAUGACCAAGUAAUUACAGAUAUUGUAUCAUGUCCAGAUGGUAACAUGGUUAUAGAGGGUAAUUGUG